ACCAUUUUAUGCUACCUAGGUUCUCUUCUCUGUUCCAUACACCAUGAACCUUGAAAAUUGCCACUGUCUAAGCUCCAGAAACAACAACAGUUGGCCAAGUUAUCAGAGAAUUCACUACGACCCCAUUGUGUGUGUCAACGAAUUUGUUAUCAGGUUGAAGAUGGGAAGCUGGAAAACGUUGUGGAGGAAGAUCAAGAAGGAAAAGAGAAGAUUUUUUAGAUCUUCACCUGUUGUUCAUCUCCAAUAUGAUCCUUGGUCCUACUUACAGAACUUUGAUGAUGGCUAUUCCACCGACCCUGAUAAUGUUUCUCGGUCAUUCUCAGCUCGAUUUGCAGCACCCUCCAAGAUUUUUGAGAAGAAUGAAGAGAUGGAUGAUGGAGAAUCAGAGAUAAAUGAUAACUGAUAAGAGCAACAUGUUGUAAUUUUUGAGUUCCUUAGGACGAAUUAUGAUGUAGUUGUACAAAGAAUUAGUCAUCUUGUUAAUC